ACUUAAAGCAUAGCAAGGACUAAACAGUGUCUGGCCGAAAUAUAGCAAUUUCAUGUGAUUUUUCCAAGUGUAACGUUAAUAACGUAUGCCUACCGUAUGUAGCCAUGCCGCCUCUAAGCUUUUACCAAUUUCCCUUGCCUCAACCGAAGCUUCCACCGCUCACUUUACAAGCUAUAGACUACCUAGCUAGCAAAUAGGUUAGCCUAGUUGAUCUUAGAGACCGCUUUUCUGCACAAAUGUAGGAGUAAACAUUCUUACUCUCAGAGGUUUCAACCACUGGAAAAAAGGGAAAGGACCAGAAGUCUGCAAAGAGUGCAAAAAAGCCUAGAAAGGCAGAGGUUAACUACCUCCCCCCUUACCCGACAGGAGAGAAUGAAGAAAGUCAAGAACAAGAGAGGAUUCAGCUGCUUACUGAAGUAAGCAAAAGGGACAACAACAAAGUGAUAAAAGAAAAAAAACAUUUGCACACAGAAGAAAUGAAAUUGUCAAACAGUCACCCAGCAUAGAGGACAUCAAAGCCAGAUGGCCCGCUCUAUUUGAGGCAUCUCAAAUCCAGGAUGAGUUUUACAGAAUCACAAUGGUGCACCUUGAAUCAAAGUUCAUGUCCAAGCUAGAUGAAUGCACCCCCAGGCUUCUGAAUCUCUUCCACGCCAAGGGUGGAACUAUGGGGUUGAGUUUGCAGGCCAUUCUACUCAAGGCUCCAACCAAUCCUAACAGUAACUUGACCAGAGAUGUUGUCAUUCGGUGUUUGAUAGUGUACCUUGAGGAAUCUUUAGAUCAUGUCCUAAAACGGUAUGAUGAUGCUGAUGAAGACAGUGUGUCACAGGACCUUACUGUACAAAGGAUGAAAAUCUACAGCAUCAAGACGAAUACAUCAGAUUGUCCAGACGACGUUGGUAUCGUGGUAGAGGGCAUGAAAGUUCUGGCUGCUCUGGGUAACUUUCCAAGGGCUUGCUCCAUGCUCCUUGGUUUGACAUAUGCAGUAAAUGUGGCCAAUCCCAAGGAGCUCAGAUAUACGUUUGAAGUUUUCCAGAAAUUCCUCCUCGAGCUGGACUGUUCAAAGCUGUCCCCAAAAGUGAACAGCCUCAAGAACAAAACUGCUAGCUUAGGAAAAUGGGCCCUUGCAAAAUGAAAAGGAAUUGUUACGUCUCUGUCAACUGUUACAUGGUUACCUUCAAAUGCUUGAGUUGUUUGCAAGCGGUUGGUCAGAAAUACCAAUGAACCAUACUAAUUUUAAGGGAAGUGGCAUCAUCUUUUUUGUUAACUUAAUAUUGGCAGAGGCAACUAUUCUUGUACUAUUCUUUGACUGUGUUCGACAGGGAUGCAAA